AUGACAGACGCAACCACCAAUAACCCCCCCAAGCUCGUCACCCGCACAUCCUGGAUCCUACAAUGGGCCUUUUCCAGCGAAAGCCCCUCAAUACGCUUCUUCAAGGGCUGCGCCAUCGGCAUGGUUCUCGGCCUCUUCGUCAGCACCCUCUGCCUAUGCUAUGUACCCUGCUUCCACUAUCAGUACAGCAGGUCCGGCGAUGGCGUCUGGGAGUUCUGGAUGCCCGGCACGGGCUGGCGCUUCACGCUCCACCCCCCCGGCGCGUACGUCCGCUGGGUCCGGUGCUGGGUCCGGCGCCGGCUGAGGCUCUUCUUCAUGGGCCGCGAGGAGAGGACACUCCGCGACGAGGAGGCCGGGGGCAUCGAGCUCCGGGACCAGGGCCGUCGGGAGGAGCAGACGCUGCCGGAGCCCACACUCCCACAGUUCAGUGGCUCAUACAUGUUCUCGGCCGCGGGCGCUUCGAAUCCUGAUGCCCAGCAAGGUUAUGGGAACCACGAGCGGCAGCAGCGCGUGCGUGACGAGUUCCGCAUGGAGCGCGAGAAUAUCCAGCGUGCGGUGGCGGAGGAGAGGCGGAGGAGCGAGAUUCAGCAGGCCGACGCUGCUGCCCUCGCGCAGGACGAGCAGAGUGCCACUACCACGCCUCAGCAAGACGUCACGACUCCCCAGCAGCAGCAGCCCCAUGCUCCCGAGUCGGUCCAGACCACCGCUCCCCAGCAACUCGAGAACUCUCCCGCUGAUCAGACCAGCAACAACACCGCGCGCCAGACCGCGCCCGCGCCCGCAGCCCCUUCCGUGAUGGGUCCGUACCAGAGAUACAACCCGCUCGACCCGAUGCGCCCCAUCAACCUGACCAACGACGACAUCGAGCGCGAGAGGCUGCAGAAGGACCGACGAUGGUGGCGUUCGAUGUGGACCUUCAUGGAUUGA